UCUCUCCAGUUUGCUUUUUGACGUGUGGCCGAUGAUGGGUUGGGUUCUUGGGCCGACCGCUUGCUCGGAGACAGGCUAUUUAUGAUCACUUUUUUUUGGCUAUUUAGCUCAUAAAUCUCUCUGAAAUUUCUUUCAAUCCUGAGUAGAUAUUACGUGUCUUUUGUCUCUCAUUUCCUUUUACUUUUUCAGGGUACCAGAUAAGCUCGGCCUUUUCUCAUUUUUUUUAAUGCUAAAUUGUACAUGACCGCUUUUCAUUUCAGUUUUAUAUUUGAAAGCCCAUCCGAAAGUGCUUUAUGAAGCCGGAAUAAGUUCCAAAGUAAAUGUAGCUAGUUGUUUGCUUAUGCUGAAUCCAGGUCUCCAACUCUAGAGUCUCCCUGUGCCGAAGCUUUGCCAUGGCGAGUUUGAGCAGCUGCGGUGGAAUCUAAGAUCAUCACUGACCAAACCCACAUAACCUUUCCUCUUCUUGGCUCUCUGAUUUGUUUCUUAUUUCGUUGUUCAUCACUCUGUUCAGUUUAAUCGGUUCUUUCUAGUCUGAUGGUGUUUCUUGUGUAAAAGCCCUCUUCUUUUUUCCUCUUCUUUCUCCGAGGAACUUCUCAGCGUUUUCCGAUCAGAUUUGUAGGUUUUACAGGCCUAGAUUUAAGCCCUUCUCUGCUAGCUUCAGUCCUCAGUGAUUUUUUUUUGUUUUUGUUCUCAACAAACAGCGUAGAAAGCUCAGCCACCUAGUAGAUUCAUAGGAAACUAUGGGCUGGUUUUUGGUGGCUACUGGGGCACUGGUGAUUUCACUGUUGUCUUCUUCAAUGGACUCGGUUUCUGGCAUUGGUGCUAAUUGGGGCACUCAGUUAACACAUCCUCUGCCUCCAGAAAUAGUGGUGAGGCUCCUUAAAGAGAAUGGGUUUCGGAAGGUGAAGCUUUUUGAUGCCAACUAUGACGCAUUGAAAGCUCUGGCUAAGUCUGAAAUUGAGGUUAUGGUUGGUAUCCCCAAUGACAUGCUCUCAUCUUUGGCUAGCAGUGUGAAAGCAGCUGAAAAAUGGGUUUCCAAAAAUGUCUCUACUCAUAUCAGUUCCAAUCAUGUUAACAUCAGGUAUGUUGCUGUUGGAAAUGAACCUUUCUUGGAAACAUACAAUGGGACCUAUCUCAGAACGACCUUCCCUGCUCUCCAAAAUGUCCAAUCUGCUCUCAUAAAAGCUGGUCUCAGCAAUAAGGUCAAGGUGACUGUCCCCCUUAACGCCGAUGUCUAUGCAAGUUCAAGUAGCCUUCCAUCUGGUGGAGAUUUCCGACAAGACAUUCACGAUCUCAUGGUUGCCAUUGUCAAAUUCUUAAGUGAUAAUGGUGCCCCUUUUACUGUCAACAUCUAUCCUUUCAUAAGCCUCUACAUAGACCCCAACUUCCCAGUUGAGUAUGCCUUCUUUGAUGGCAAUGCAUCGCCAAUAAAUGAUGGUGGGACAACCUACUACAACAUGUUUGAUGCAAACUAUGAUACUCUUGUAUGGGCUUUACAGAAGAAUGGGUUUGCAAACCUGCCCAUCAUAGUAGGGGAAAUUGGGUGGCCCACUGAUGGGGACCAAAAUGCUAACAUUGCCUAUGCUCAGCGGUUCAACCAAGGGUUCAUGUCCCAUAUAUCAGGCGGGAAAGGAACUCCAAUGAGACCGGGGCCAAUUGAUGCUUAUCUGUUCAGUUUGAUCGAUGAGGAUGCAAAAAGUAUUGAACCUGGCAAUUUUGAACGCCAUUGGGGGAUACUCACAUAUGAUGGACUACCGAAAUAUCCCCUGAACCUUGGUACAGGGAAUUUAAUUCCAGCAAGAAACGUGCGCUACCUAGAGAAGAAGUGGUGUGUUAUGAGGCCAUCUGCAAGUCUUGAGGAUCCUCAAGUGUCAUCCAGCGUGAGCUAUGCUUGUGGGCUUGCUGACUGCACAAGCCUUGGUUAUGGCACAUCUUGUGCAAACUUGGAUGCUCGUGGGAACAUUUCGUAUGCAUUUAACAGUUACUACCAGAUAAAUAAUCAGCUUGACCAGGCGUGCAAGUUCCCGAACCUUUCCAUGGUAACAAAAACAGAUCCAUCAGUGGGCAGUUGCAGAUUCGAGAUCAUGAUUGAACCAUACUAUGGCGGCGCUGAAAGCAUGUUAGGCUACAGCCAAAGAACAUUGAGCUUUGUGGCAGGCUCCAUCUUGUUUCUGUGGACAUUUCUGUGAAUUCUCAUUUGCUUUCCAGUGUUAGCUUCAGAAGCUGUUCAGAAGCUGAAACCUUAAUUGGCCAAUGAUUGAAGCAGUUCAAUUUUGCUAUGUAGUAAAAACAUUCCCUUCUUA